AUGCAAAACUAUUACAGCUUUUUUGCUCAAAUCCAAUCACAACUUAAAGACAUACUAAUAAUUCCUCAUUUCUCACAGUAUAACUUAGUUCUUGUUGACAUCAUCUCUUCAAGUAAAAUUGGACAAAUUGGAAUAAAUGGUAAUCACUCUGUUUUAUACCUUGACGGUAAUGAGGUAUGUAAUUUUGACAACGAGUUAAUUGGUCAGGCAAUUAUGAACUUCUUCUCUAAACCAACACACGUUAGUUGUUCAAUAACUAACCAGUCAGAUUGCGUCAUAAGUCAAGAUGAAGAUUAUUCAAGAAAUCAGCAAGGAUUUAUCCCAGAAACAAGUCCAACAAGGAUCGAAGGGUAUCAAUUAUCACCACAACCAAAUUUGUCUUCUUCGUUAUUACAACAAACAAAACCAUCUCAAGUUAGUCAGAAUAUUAGUCAAAUGACAACCCAACAAGAUUCUGGCCUAUGGUCAGUUCCUUUAAAUAGGAAAGAAAUGAAACCAGACGAAUGUGAAAAAUCAUCAUGUAUAAAAGAUCAACCACAGAUGCAAAAUGUAACACAAGAUAUAAAAACAAGCGUGUCAAAAGUUAAACAAACUCACGAUAGAGAACUUAAAUCAUCCACAAAUAAAAGAAAUAAAGAAAAAGCUGAUAGUGCCAACCGAUCUUCAUCAAGUCAUAGAAUUGAUAAUUCUAAUCAAUUACCUGUUAGUGAUACAUGUGUGUGGAGUCUAAUAAAAUAA